AUGUCCGGCCGUGAUCGCGAUAAAUUUCGAAAAUAUAUGAGUGGAAAUGAAAAAAGAAAAAAAAAGAUACAGAGAGAAGAGUUACAGAAAAAACUACGUGGGACUUUUGAUAAAUAUGUUUUUCGAUCAAACGAAAUUAUUGAUGAAGAAAAUGCCUUAAUUUCCAAAUUAGAUGAAAACAAUGAUCAUAAUAUAAAUGUAAAAAACAAUUCAAUUAAAAACGAAUUAAACUUUGAAUCCGAUAAUAUUGAUACAGAUAAAAUUUUUAAUGUUGAUGAAAAUACGUUUGAAAAGUGUAUGCACAAUACACAUACUGAUUUAGAGAAACAAAUUAAUAAAGACGUUAACUCCAUAUUUGACUUCAAUGACCCGGCAACGUGGCCAGAAUAUAUAAAUAAUGACUUAAAAGCUGAUAUUGUAAAACAUAGAACUAUUAAAAUAAUUAAUUACAACUUUCCGUAUAAUGAUGAUAAACCUUAUCCAAGAAGCUUCACAAAACAAUAUUAUACUCAUAAUAUGGCGAAUGGGGAAGUUGUAGACCGCCAGUGGCUUGUGUACUCUAAACUAAAAGAUCGAGUAUUCUGUUUUUGUUGCGUACUAUUUAGUCAAGGAAAAUCAGAAAGUAAUUUAGCCAAUAUCAAGGAAGGUGUAAACGAUUGGAAGCAUUUGUCACAAAAGCUUUUACAACAUGAACGUUCUAAGCCACAUAAUUUAUCUUUAAAGCAAUGGUUGGAUUUAAAAAUAGGUUUAAAGUCAUUGGCUACGAUAGAUCAACAACAUUUGGCUCAAAUUGAAAAAGAAAAAAACCAUCGGAAAGCUAUGCUUCAGCGAAUUUUAUGCAUAAUUCAGUACUUGAGUAAGCACAAUGAUGAAUUUCGUGGUAAAUCCGAUGUUUUAUUUACAAAAAAUAAUGGUAAAUUCUUAGGUUUGAUUGAAAUGUUAUCCAAAUUUGAUUCGGUGACAAUGGAACAUGUACGACGCAUUAAAAAUUCACAGACACAUACUCACUACUUGGGACACGAUAUUCAGGACGAGCUAAUCAACUUGAUGGCAAAUGAGGUUAAAAAAAAAAUCAUAAAUGAAAUUCAACAAUGUAAAUAUUAUUCUAUAAUAAUGGAUUGUACUCCAGAUACUAGCCGCCAAGAGCAAUUAUCUAUAAUGAUACGCACAGUAAAUAUGUAUGAACAUAUGAACAUGAUGAAUUUAGUGUACAUAAAAUAA